AUGCCCCUGCCCGAAAACAAAGUCCCACGUGACCGGCGGCGCGGGGAGCCCAUCAUGGCGUCUCCCAGCGGCUGCCGGCCGCAGCCCGGCGGGCAGGGCGGUGGCACCGGGGCCGGACCGGCGGCUCUGCGGGGCGUCGAAGAGGACGCCGAGGGGCUGUACGUAGCGGUGGAGCGGUGCCCGCUCUGUAACACCACGCGUCGCCGCCUCACCUGCGCCAAGUGCGUCCAGAGCGGCGACUUCGUUUUCUUCGACGGUCGCGACUCCGAGAGGUUUUCAGACAAGAAAGAAAGGCUGAUGCAUCUUAAAACCAAACAGAGAGAAUUCCAAAAACAUGUUUUGAAGGCCAUGGAAGGGAAAGAGAUAACUGAUCAGCUGAGAUGGAAAAUAAUGUCUUGCAAGAUGAGGAUUGAGCAGCUGAAACAGACCAUUUGCAAAGAAAAUGAUGAAAUGACAAGACACGCAGAGGGACUUCUGAGAAUUAAAGAGGAGAACCAGAGGCAUUAUCGCAGGGCUCAGCGGCAUCAGGAGAAGAAAGAGAAGAUGCAGAGGCAUAACCGCAAGCUGGGAGACUUGGUAGAGAAAAAAACCUAUGACUUGAAAACCCAGUAUGAGCAUCUGGCAAAUCUUCGUCGGACGUAUAUCCUGGAGCUAACAUCAGUCAUAUUUCCCAUUGAAGAAGUAAAGACAAACAUGAGAGAUCCUGCAGAUGUGUCGUCUGAGAGUGACAAUGCUAUGACCUCUAGCACUGUGAGCAAGCUCGCAGAAGCCAGGAGAACCACGUAUCUCUCUGGGAGAUGGGUGUGUGAUGAUCAUAACGGGGACACCAGCAUCAGUAUCACAGGGCCUUGGAUAACCCUUCCUAAUAAUGGAGACUAUUCAGCGUAUUACAACUGGGUGGAAGAGAAGAAGACUACGCAAGGACCAGAUAUGGAACAUAAUAACCCUGCUUAUACCAUCAGUGCUGCAUUGUGCUAUGCAACUCAGCUUGUUAACACUUUGUCUCUCAUACUUGACGUAAAUCUUCCCAAGAAGCUCUGCAACAGUGAGUUCUGUGGAGAGAAUCUCAGCAGGCGCAGGUUCACGCGGGCAGUGAAGAAGCUGAAUGCUAAUAUCCUUCACCUUUGCUUCUCUCAGCAUGUAAAUCUGUUGCACCCACUGCAUACGCUCAGGAACCUUAUGUACCUGGUCAGCCCAGACACUGAGAACUUGGGCAGGUCUGGGCCUUUUGAAAUCAGUGCUGAUCUCGAAGACUCCAUGGAGUUUGUGGAUCCCAAUGCCACCGGCGAAACAGAUGAGAGCGGAGACGAGCACGUCAGCGAUGAAGAGACGGACCUGGGGACAGACUGGGAGAAUCUGCCGAGCCCCAGGUUCUGCGAUAUCCCCUCUCAGCAGGUGGAGAUGCUGCAGAGCCAGAGCACGCAGGUAUCUCAGCCCAUCGCCAGCAGCAGCACUGGUGGGAUGAUCUCGUCCGCUGCUGCCUCGGUGACCUCGUGGUUGAAGGCGUACACUGGACAUCGCUAACGAGCAUGGGAAAAGGAUCGUAGGAUUUGUGGAAGGAAUCCCUCCCCGACAAUGCUGUAGUAAACCUUACCUAUUGAGUUAAGUAGUGCCUGGAACAAAGAAAAGGUCAGACUUUUCAUUUUGUAAACCAGAAAAACCUUUUUAUUUACCCAAGAUGACUGUGAUGGUACCAUUUUGUAAAUUAGCUAGCUACGUACUUCUGAUGGAUUCUGUGACGGCACUUUGUGUCUUGGUUCUGUCUGCAUUGUUGAGUAUCGAAGAAAAAGGACCUGGCAGCCUCCAGCUCUACGUUCUAAAGAAGAAACAGAUUUUGGAGUAUUUGGAUCGGGAUGAGGACAGAGAGAAGGCUGCUGCUCAGUGUGCAGUCUGGACAGUGGUGCAAAUGCAGUUCACAUUUUCUUAACUCCUUACAGGGUUUUUGUUUGUGUGUGUUUUAAAUCUGUCUUGCAUAAUGCAAAAAUGCGUAUUUCUAAAUUUUUUUCAUUCAGGACAUGAAAAUUAUGCAUUUUUAACAUGUUUUCUAAUCUCUGUUGCCAUAUUUUUAAUACAAAGAAUCAGCAUGAACAGGAAUUCACACAGCAAAUUGCUCUUCUUUUUAGAUUUGGUUGUGAAUCUUUACCCAGUUUUGCCAUAGAAAACUGGCUUGUUUCAUGCUGUUUCCACUGGUAGGUAGUCUCAAAGGUUCGUGUUGUGCUGUCCAAAGCACACAGGCUCUUUACUCUUAAUAUCAUACACCAAAGAAACACUGGACGUUCUCUUAGCUAGACCCACAUUUGAUGCCGAUACAGGAUUGCGUUGUUGCAAUAAUAUUCAUCAGUUCCGCCACCACGUUGCCACUUUUUAAUAUUAAAAAAACCUCAUUUUGAGCUAGCUGAAUGAAGCCACACGUUCUCCACACUACACGCGUUUUAAACCCUAUUCUAUUUUAUGUUUUAGGGUGGGUUUUGUUUUCUUUUCCUGUUUACUGAAUGCCAAGAAGUUGAUUUCAUUUCACUGCAGAAAUGCUCACAGCGCAGCUGGCUCGCACGUAGAACUACCGGAGGUGCGAUACCAACAGAUGCGUUCGUUAACAAAGUGCUCCUCUGCUUCCUCUGCCUUGUGGUAUGUAUUACUUAAAGAUGGGUUUGCUCAGUGAAGCUUCCAACGUACGGUUUACAUUUUAUAUAGCAGGGACAUCGUACUUCUCCACGGGGUAAACUGAUGUCAAAGCAUCCUCCCAGCCCUCCGGGAGGGAGGAUUUCUGCCACUGUAGCUUCCCUGUGGCGGGGAUGCGGCGAGGCUGCGGCGAGGGAUGCGCUGGCCACGUCCUCCUGCGUGUUUGAAGUCCCAGCUCCGGGGCUGGCUUACCCGGCCGCCUCGCAGGGCCCGUUGUGGUGGUUUUGCUGUUUCUCUCCAGGCCGGCCAGCGCUGCCUCCAGCCUCUACUGAGGAGCGGAUGGAAAAGCGGUUUUGGUACUGAUGUUCACGUACCCCAGCGAGCUCCGUGCCCGGGGUACUGCCCGAGUAUCAUGUCUCCCAGCCCUCUGCCCCUCUCACAUGGCAGCUCUUUCUCUCUGGCCCUGGGGAUGUUGUCAGUAGUUUCUUUUUAAUUUUUCUUUUUUUUUUUUAAACCAAAGACCCUUAACUCCGCACUAACACCACGGACGUUGGUAGAUGAAGACACCCUCGUUCCUACCGUUCUUUUGGUUUAAAUCCAAUAGUUGGGUUUGUUUUAAGAGAACAGCCAAGGCUCCCUUGACUACUGCAGUCCGAAUGGGGCCAGUGCCCCCCAGCCCCCCAGCAGCCAGCGCUGCCGGGGCCGGGAGGGUUUGGUCGCUCUUCGGUUCACAGCACUUUACUCACCUGCAGCUAUCAGAUCCUUUGCAGUUCUGAGCAACCAGCACAUACCAGUACUGUAUACUGGGCUCCUUGCAUCGCUCAGCCCCUUCUGCUUCCCUGUUUUAUUUUGCACUGGACCCUGCCACAUAAAUCUUUGUUUGUUUGUUUGUGUUUUUAAUACGCAUUUCAGUCACUCUUUCAUUGCUGCCUUCGUGCUACUUGGAACCCCUAAAGGUCAGGCCAUGAUUCUGCUUUACACAUUGUCCGUUACUUUGGGGGGGGAAAAACCAACACAAAAACCUUUUUAAGCCAUAUACUUCAUAACCAUCAUGUUUUCCAAAUAAUUUAUUUGCAACCGUGUCGUACUCUGAAAGUGCACAACAGCACCGCGAGGGUGUUAAAAUGCAUUGGGACAACAGGUCUUGUCACGAAAUGUUUUUGUAACGGAAUACAGAUUGUGGUUGGUUUGUCUUUAAAGUGUUUUGCACAUGUGUAGCUAAGGAAGAAUUGUGUGUGUCCAAACCUUGAGUGCAAUCGCCAGGAUUGGUUUUCCAGGUUGUUUUUGGGGGCGGGGGAGGGCAGGAAUAUCUGUAAUUAGAGAUAAUUGAAGACAGUGAACUGAGUGUUUACAAACCACUUUGCGUAGCACGAGUGCGGGAAUUUCAGUUCAGGCCGUGACUUUUGUCCGUGACGAGUGAUCUGGUGUGACCGAUCUGAGCUGCCAAGGAAGAGCCCGGCCCUCUGCGGAAAGUCCGGGGCCUUUGGAGGGUCUCAGGUGGGACACCCGAGGGAUGCUUGUCACCCGCAAAAACCCGGGGCCUCUCUGCAACUUCCAAACUAGAUGUAACUAAACACAAAUGGUUUGGGUUUGGUUUUUUUUUUUUUUCUAAAUUUUAUUGUAUUAUUGCAAUAAAUCUUUUAACAGUAA